CACACAUGACGCGGGUUCGACCGGAAGCAGCGUCCUCACAGGUGCGCGCUUGACCCAGCGGACGGUUCUGUAAACAGAGAAACAAAGAGCAGAACCUGUGGAGCAGCUCAGAGAACAUGGAGGACAAAGAGGAGACCGUCGUGGUCCAACGUUCGGACCAGAGGAAGCUGCGUUCCCGUGAUGCGGCCCGAUGUAGGCGGAGUCAGGAGACGGAGGUGUUUUAUGAGCUGGCCCGCACUCUGCCGCUCCCCCGUCGAGUCUGCACCCACCUGGACAAAUUGACCAUCGUGAGAGUCGCCCUGAGCUUCCUGCGGAUGCACCACAUCCUCCAACCCGGUGAGAAUCGGAAAGAGGAGUCUGAAGAGGAGGAGGAGGAGGAGGAGGAGGAGGAGGAAGAAGAUCCAAUGGAUACUUUCUAUCCUCAGGCGCUGGCCGGCUUCAUCAUGGUGAUGACGGAGGAAGGAGACAUGACCUACCUGACAGAAAACGUCAGCACACACAUCGGCAUCACACAGCUGGAGCUGCUGGGUCAGAGUAUCUAUGACUUUGUUCAUCCGUGUGAUCAGGAGGAGCUCAGAGACCUGCUGACUCCACGUCCAGGUUCCAGUAAGAAGACGUUGGCAGAGCGGCCGAGUGAGAGGAACUUCUUCCUGCGGAUGAAGAGCACUCUGACCAGCAGGGGGCGCACCGUCAACAUCAAGUCUGCUACCUGGAAGGUUCUCCACUGCACUGGUCACAUCCGUCAGCUGGGCGGCGGCUCCGCGUCGCCUCCUGUGGGCGGAGUGAUGACUCUGCUGUGCGAGCCCAUCCCUCACCCUUCCAGCGUGGAGUUCCCUCUGGACACGCACACCUUCCUCACCCGCCACAGCAUGGACCUGCACUUCACACACUGCGAGGGCAGGGUGACAGAGUUGGUGGGAUACAAACCUGAAGAUCUGAUUGGCCGCUCAGCCUACGAGUUUCAUCAUGCACUCGACUCUGAUCACGUCAACAAGAGCAUGCACACACUGAUGUCCAAAGGUCAGGUGACUACCAGACACUACCGUUUCCUGGCGAGCAGUGGCGGCUUUGUGUGGGCGGAGACUCAGGCCACCGUCCUCUACAGCAGCAGGACGUCUCAGCCCGAGGCCGUCGUCUGCCUCAACUUCAUCCUCAGUGCUGUGGAGCAGCCGGACCUCGUUUUCUCCGUUGAGCAGGUCGGUUCUGGCCAGGCGUCUGAGGCUGAGCCCCAAACAAUGGCGGUCACGCCACAGGAUUGUGGGAAUUCCGACAUCAGCGACUCUGACUCCGAUGGCGAGUGUCUCACCAGCUACGGUCUGACUAAGGGCGCAGGUUUGAAUCCCUCCAGUGCUGCAGAGCUCUUCCUCAAACUGAAGGAGAAUCCGGAGGACCUUCUCCAGUUGCCUCCCGAGGCCGGAAACGCCAUCGUCCCGCUGACAGAUGAUUUUGUUGAGCUGUCGUUUGCCAGUCUGCCCAGUCCGGACUCAUUGCCGGACCACCCUCAGGACCUGUGCUCUCCACAGCUGCGACAGCUCCUCUCACCCAUCUUCAGCACCAUCACUCCACCUUCAUCAUCAUCCUCAUCACCGGCCUCUCCACCUGAUGUUGAGUUGAGUCCCUGUGAGGAGGAUGUGACGGACACCAGCAAGGUGGAGAAGUUCUUUGCUGUUUGGCCAGAGGACGAUCAGAAGAAAGAGGAAACACUGGAGAUGGGGGUGAUGGAUCUGGACAUGUUGGCUCCUUACAUCUCUAUGGACGAUGACUUCCAGCUGACCGUCCUCAGUCUGCCGGAGGAAGCAGACAAUCCUCCGUCUUCUUCGUCUGAGCCCUCAGCUGUGAGGCCUGAGGUCACAGUGAGCAGGAAACGGACUCAUAACCCAGAUGAGGAGACGCCGUCCCAGCUGAUGGUUCAGGACAAGAGAUGGAAACAAGAUUCUCCUUCGAUAGAAGAGGAGCUUCUUCUCAGCCACAGACUUCUGAGCUGUCUGGAGGAAACCGACCAAUCAGAUUUGUUCCUGGACCCGGGUCCUGGAGGGCGAAGUCAGCUGCUCACAGACAGAGACCCUGUUUUAGGAGGCACACAUGGACUCUGUGAUACUGCAGCUCUGAUGAGGAACGCAUUCACCGCUCGUCCACCUGACCUGUCGCCGCCGCUAACGCCCAUGACUUGACAGAGCUCCUUUUCCAAUCAAGAGUUGCCGUGAAGUUCUGCACUCAAACCUCCGGACGCAAAUAAAGCCUGACGCACGCUGUGUAACCACGCUGUGAGGUCCGACGUGACCUCCAUGCUUUUUUAGCCGAACCAGGAAAGGUCCAAGUAAGAACUGAUGACAGAUUGUGAAGAAGGUAGGAGGUACUGCAGUCUCAAUCGUUCAUUUAAUGUGAGAAACCAGCAGGUGUCCGGAACUGUUUCUCUGUGCAGCUAAAUGGAAUUCAUCCCAGCUUUCACAAUUAUCACAUUUAAUCCGUUACAGUGUCAUUAUUCAGACAUGAUGCACAGGAUCUCCCAUAGUGCUCUGCUUUAACUUUGAGCCAACGUCCGUCAAGUAUGAACAGGUGUAUUCUUUUUUUUAUCAAUCUCUCUGCCAAGAAAAACAAGACAAGAAAAAACAUCUUGUGAAUAUCAGUGGCAGUGUUUAUUUUAGUGGCAUGUUUUUACCGUUAUUUGUAUUCUUAUACGCUCUGAACUAUUAUUAUGUGUUAUCCAAAACCAUGUUGGUCUCAUGCCGUUUGUUUUAAUCUACCUGUGGUGCUAGCUGGGCGGGGUUUACUUUAUCCAACGCCCCCUAUAAGAGUAAUCACAUGUUUGGUGGCAGACUGGUUGUGUUUACCACAGAGGAAACUAAGUGAGCUAAACAAAUAAAUAAAUGGUUUGGUUUGUCCUUUUUAUUAUAAUUAAAUCAAAUUAGGAAAUAAAAUGGGAUUACAAACAGAUAAAAGCAGUAAAUGUUUUUUUUAAAGUAGCAACAGCUUGUUCAUGCACACUUUAGAAAUGCAUUCAAAACAUUAGUAAUGUCUCAAAUAUGAGUUUGAUUUUAUGACCUAAACAUACUAGAGUAGACUUGUAUUUUACAGUUGUAUCAUUUGAUGAGUAUAUCGUAUUGUGUGUCAUAUGGUGAUGCUACUACACUUAUUAUUUGGCCUUAUACUUCUUGUUGUAAUCUAUAAAUAAACCCUUAAACUGCCAACUGUCCGAGUUCAAUUUAAAUGAUCUAUUUUUUGUUUAUUUCAAACAAGUUCUUUGUGGCUUUUAUCAUUUUCUUUUACAGUUUUAUCCUGUUUGCAUUCUUAAGCUAAAAGCUGUUGAGAAGAAGCUCGUUCGGGGAGAAGUCGCGCUGAACGUUUCAUCUUCCCAGAAACGGAAGAAAUCAUGUGAAUGUGCCGUGAAGGGUUUUAACUAAAACGCAAAAAUGGAAAAACAGCCAACAACCUUCAAUAGAAAUAUAACUAUGCUGGUAAAAAUGUGCUUCAUUUCCUAAAAAAAUAGUAGUGGGCAUAGGUAAAGACAAAGACAAAGUAAUAGGAAAACAUUUAGAAUUUCUGAUUGUUAACACUGUCUUUAAAAAAGCGGUUGAGCCUGGUAUAACAGCUGCUAUUAACAACCAAAACAACAGAUAGAUCUAUAAAUGCUAAUAUGGAUCAUCAAUGAUCGGCAAUUAGUGUCGGCGGCAAAAAAAAGUGACAAAGGCUUCCUUUUUUCUUUUGUGCCGAUCCAAUCCGUGACUCUGAUCCAUGACACAAUCCAACCGUGAGUUUUAUCAUCCGUUGUACCACUACUCACCAGUGUGUAACAAUUUCAUCAAGUCACACACUGGUGACUUGAAACCAGUGGUGGAAGACGUACUUAGAUUUACUACUUUGCAUUAAGUACCAAAAGUAAAUGUACUUAUUAUUCAGGAUGGCCAAUUUCAGAUUAAUAUAUAUAGUCUAGAGGGUAUUGCUAAAUUAAAAUAAAAAAUACAUUCAUGUGGUGAUCACUUUCAAGUUGCAGCUGGUAAUGGUGUAACUCAUUUUAUUCAUAUACUGCUGGGUAGCUUAACCUUUAAUAAAACAUAAUACUGAUUCAUUUGAUUAGUUAGUCUGUUUGGAAUUAUUUAUCUGACUUUGCAAAGUAACUUAAGUUAUAUCUAGAGUAUUGAGGUAUCCACUUAAAAUGUCCGAGGCACACCUCACCCAUAAUUAUUUUAAAGAAUUAAUUGAUUUAUCGAAUUGAAUAUUAAACAAAUACCUUAAACAUUGUGCAACAUUGUGUAACUGUGGUACGGCGGCACACAGCAGAUGAACGUCUGUUUUUUUUAUCUAACACCUGCUUUCUGCAGAGUGAGAGCAUGAAGCUCGACCCUAAAGCACAGCCUAUAAAGCCUUCAGUGGUUCAAGCACCUGACUGACACUUACACAAGUGAAAUGUCAAAACUACUUUUAGCCAUGGAGCCUAGAGAGUAUUAUUUCAAAGUGUUGUUUUUAUUUUAUUUUAUUUCUGACUCCUUCAGUAUUGAUGCAUUAAGUUUUAUUCUACUCAAUAAGUCAUUGUUUAUUUCUCACAUGUUA